AUGAAGACUCCAGCUUUGAAAACAUUGCUGGGCUAUUCAGUCCUCUUUGCCUUCUUUGCAUUCAUCCAAUGCCAGGAUUUACCAAGUUUUGACCUUCUGGAAGAGUUCCGGUUGUCCGAAACUGAAGGGGUCCAAAUGGUGGACGGAUCAGGACCUGAUGCUGUUGCUUUCCGUGUUAAUCCAUCCAUUCAUCUGAGAAAGACUAUGAGUGACGUGUACCCAGACGGGCUGCCCUCCGACUACUCCAUCAUUGCCACCUUCAAGAUGACCAAGGAAACUGCCAAGAGGUCCUGGAACCUGUGGCAGGUCAGUGACCCGGACGGCCGGGAGCAGGUGGGCUUGCGUGUCCAGGGCGACGCCCGGUCCCUGGACUUCUUCUACACCAACCCCCACGGCACCCAGAUGCUGCGCACCUUCCACAGUGUGGACAAACUGUUUGACGGCGAGUGGCACAAGCUGGCGCUGAGUGUGAAGGGUGACCAGGUCAAGCUGCUCAUCGACUGUCAGGAGGUCAGCGCUGUCCCUAUCGACGAGCCACGCCCCGUCAUCCGCCAAGGUUACACCUCCAUUGUCAAGAGAGCUGUGGGCGACCGCUCUGUCUCUCUGGACCUCCAGCAGAUGGAGCUCUCCUGUGAUGCAGACCAAGCCUAUUCUGAAGGGUGCUGUGAACUUUCCAACGUUUGUGGGGGUUAUGCUGAAAUUGGCUUAUCAGGAGGCAGGGCGCCUUGCAGGUGUCUCCACGGACAGCCUGGCUUGCAGGGACCUCCCGGUCCAAAGGGACAUAGGGGUCUCCCAGGCAACACAGGAGAGCCAGGAAGAGUGGGAAACUGGGGGAUUAGAGGAAAGACUGGUGAUUAUGGUGUAAUUGGACAGACUGGUCCUAAGGGCAUCACUGGAAUAAAAGGGGAGAAAGGAAUGAGAGGACCUCCUGGCCUUGUGGGUGACCGAGGGCCAAAGGGUCUGAAAGGAUUGUCAGGUGCGGCUGGCUUCAAGGGAGUGCGAGGUCCACCUGGAGAGAGAGGAGAGCUUGGGGAACAAGGUGAACUGGGGGAUCCAGGUGAAACUGGAUAUGAAGGAAUUCCAGGGUACCAAGGAGUGAAGGGUGAUGAGGGGUUGCCUGGGCCCGAGGGGCCUCUGGGGCCACAGGGACGGCAGGGCAUUGUGGGUGAUCCGGGAGAGCAAGGAGCACCGGGACUGAAAGGCAGGCCAGGUGUCCAAGGGCCAAAGGGGAGGCCUGGCACCAUAGGAGAGAAGGGCAUUGUUGGUGAUCCUGGUUUACCGGGAAGAGAUGGAGACUCAGGAAUAGAAGCAUACCAAGGACCACAGGGCCCCGAUGGGAGACCUGGACAAGCCGGAGCGAGGGGAGAGAAAGGUGCACGGGGACCUCCAGGGAACAUGGGCCCACAAGGACGGACUGGCCUGAGGGGCUACAAGGGCACCGCAGCCAAGCCAGGAAGACCUGGAUUUAUUGGGCCCCCAGGACCCACGGGACAUGUGGGAUUACCUGGAAGACAGGGCCCUAAGGGGAAUACGGGUGUUCAAGGAAUCCAAGGCGUUAAGGGUGAAAAGGGACAAAAAGGAGAAAAGGGACCAAAAGGCGAGGUUGGAGACAAGGGGUUGCGGGGCCCAGAGGGGGAACAGGGAAACAGAGGCCCCGGAGGGGAGCCCGGCCGUGCAGGGCCCGUAGGAGGCAAAGGUGUCAGAGGAGACGGAGGGCCAGUGGGAUUUCGGGGGCCUCCGGGGCCACCUGGGCCUACCCUCCCCGCCCAGCAUGUGAUUGAGGUCUGCAAACGCGUGGUGCUGGAGCAGAUGUCCACCUUCGCCAACUCCAUCAAGAGAACAUGUGCUGCCGUGUGCCCACUCUAUGGAGACGUGCCCAUGGGAGCCCCUGGGCCUCCAGGGCAGAAGGGACCACCUGGACCACCUGGUGAACCUGGCACAGAUGGAGCUACCGGAGAAGUUGGACAGCAAGGAUUCUAUGGUGAAGCAGGUGACCCAGGCAGACAAGGAGAAAAAGGUGAUCAAGGGGAUCGUGGGGACAAGGGAGCUAAAGGCUACGGCCUGCCUGGGCACAUUGGAGACCAGGGACCCAAGGGUAAGCGAGGAAGGCCUGGGAGGGCUUUUGACGGGCAGCCUGGUCGGCAGGGUGAUCGGGGUCAUGUGGGCAGACCUGGACUACGAGGUCAUCCCGGACUGCGCGGAGUCCCCGGUGUGUGCAUGACCUCUGGGUGUGAUCUCAUUAACCCCCCAGCCAAAGGGAGCCCACAGCAGACCCCAGAGCGGUUGAGGAGGCGCCCGUAG